GGGAGAGGGCAGUCAGCCUGCGGCCGAGACUCCUCUUCUGCCGUCGCGCACCGCUCGGAGCUCCCCGGAGGUGGGCGAAAGAGUGCGAGAGCGCGGGGGAGGAGCCGAGCGGGGCGCGUCCCGAGAGCGCCGCCACCGCCCCCCCGGAGUCUGCUGGAGCGCGGAGCCCCCUGCAGGGGAGGCGGUGAGCGGCCGGCGGGACGCGGCGGCGGGCGCGGACCAUGCAGUCCCCGCCCGGCCAGCGCUGGCUGCUCGCUGUGCUGUGAGGUGGCGGGGUCUCCUCCGGCUGCCGCACCCCUCCGCCUUCCAGCCCAAGUGCUGCCCGGCGCCCUUGCCCUUCGUCCCGGCCCCGGGACGCCGGUGGAAGGCACGGCCUGUCCCUGCCUUGCUCUGCCCGAAUCAUGCAGGGGGCCCCGAAGGAAGAGAAGGCGACUGACCGGCCCGCGCCGCUCGUGGUUGAGGGGCGCCCUGCUCUCUGAAACGCCCUCCACCUGCUGCCAUGUGUCGCCGCCACAGGUACCUAGCUUGUCGUUAAACUUUCCCAGCUCUGGCCGGAUUCGGAAUCGCGGGACGGAGGAGCCCGGCUGGUUGCAGACAUCUGCCGCCCAGCAAGAUCCCCAGAGAGUUCUGUCCUUGGAGUCGGAGUCCUAAUCGUCCCUCCAGCCCUAUCUGGCGUGGAGCUGAGCGCUGCCGGCGGAGGUAGCGCCUUCCCGAAACAGUUUAUCUCUGGACGGAUUUCUUUAAGAGAAAAAGAAACCAACAGGUUGCCAGCCCGGGCGUCACACUCAAGACUCGGUAGAGGAAAGCCCGGACCGCAGAUUCGUCGGUCAACGCAGACCCUCUCGGGCAGCGGGAGGCAAAGGGAAGAAGGGGACGAUGGCUCGGCCCGACCCGUCCUCGCCGCCCUCGCUUCUGCUGCUGUUGCUAGCGCAGCUGGUGGGCCGGGCAGCGGCCGCCUCCAAGGCCCCGGUGUGCCAGGAAAUCACGGUGCCCAUGUGCCGCGGCAUCGGCUACAACCUGACGCACAUGCCCAACCAGUUCAACCAUGACACGCAGGACGAGGCAGGCCUGGAGGUGCACCAAUUCUGGCCACUGGUGGAGAUCCACUGCUCACCGGACCUGCGCUUCUUCCUGUGCUCCAUGUACACGCCCAUCUGCUUGCCUGACUACCACAAGCCGCUACCACCGUGCCGCUCCGUGUGCGAGCGCGCCAAGGCCGGCUGCUCGCCGCUCAUGCGCCAGUACGGCUUCGCCUGGCCCGAGCGCAUGAGCUGCGACCGCCUCCCUGUGCUGGGGGGCGACGCCGAGGUUCUGUGCAUGGAUUAUAACCGAAGUGAAGCCACCACUGCGUCCCCUAAGUCCUUCCCGGCCAAACCCACACUCCCAGGACCACCAGGGGCGCCAUCUUCCGGGGGCGAGUGCCCCUCGGGAGGCCCAUCUGUGUGCACGUGCCGCGAGCCCUUCGUGCCCAUCCUGAAGGAGUCACACCCACUCUACAACAAGGUGCGCACCGGCCAAGUGCCCAACUGCGCGGUGCCCUGCUACCAGCCGUCCUUCAGCCCGGAUGAGCGCACGUUCGCCACCUUCUGGAUUGGCCUGUGGUCUGUGCUGUGCUUCAUCUCCACGUCCACCACCGUUGCCACCUUCCUCAUUGACAUGGAACGAUUCCGCUACCCUGAGCGCCCCAUCAUCUUCCUGUCUGCGUGCUACCUGUGUGUGUCACUGGGAUUCUUGGUGCGCCUGGUCGUGGGCCAUGCCAGCGUCGCCUGCAGCCGUGAGCACAGCCACAUUCACUAUGAGACUACCGGCCCUGCGCUGUGCACAGUUGUCUUCCUCCUAGUCUACUUCUUUGGCAUGGCCAGCUCCAUCUGGUGGGUCAUCCUGUCGCUCACCUGGUUCUUGGCGGCUGGCAUGAAGUGGGGCAAUGAAGCCAUCGCAGGCUAUGCACAGUACUUCCACCUUGCUGCCUGGCUCAUCCCCAGUGUCAAGUCCAUUACGGCGCUGGCACUGAGCUCUGUGGACGGGGACCCAGUGGCUGGCAUUUGCUAUGUGGGCAACCAAAACCUGAACUCACUACGAGGCUUUGUCUUGGGCCCACUGGUGCUGUACCUGUUGGUGGGCACGCUCUUCCUUCUGGCAGGCUUCGUGUCACUUUUCCGCAUCCGGAGUGUCAUCAAGCAGGGUGGCACUAAGACGGACAAGCUGGAGAAGCUCAUGAUUCGCAUCGGCAUCUUCACUCUGCUCUACACGGUGCCAGCCAGCAUCGUGGUGGCCUGCUACCUGUAUGAGCAGCACUACCGGGAGAGCUGGGAAGCAGCCCUCACCUGCGCGUGUCCGGGACCGGACGCUGGCCAGCCACGCGCCAAACCCGAGUACUGGGUGCUCAUGCUCAAGUACUUCAUGUGCCUGGUGGUGGGCAUCACGUCGGGAGUCUGGAUCUGGUCCGGCAAGACCCUGGAGUCUUGGCGGCGCUUCACCAGCCGCUGCUGCUGCAGCUCUCGGCGGGGCCACAAGAGCGGUGGCGCUAUGGCCGCAGGAGACUAUGCGGAGGCCAGCGCCGCGCUCACCGGCAGGACAGGGCCUCCUGGCCCCGCCGCCGCAUACCACAAGCAAGUGUCCCUGUCGCACGUAUAGGAAGGCCUAGAGGCCGAGGCCCAGGGACAGUGCUGGAAGUUGGAGGGGAUUGUUUCGCUUGGUAGCUUUGUGAAGGCCACUUCCGUUUACCUUCUUGGUGCUGAUGCCCCCCUCCCUGAGCAGUUUGGUGAGGAAAAGGGGGCAGUUUCAAGAAAUUACCUGUUCCCAGUCUUCUAUCAGGGGACUCGGCUCGCAGUGCAGUGGGUUAAGUGUAUUCUAGUUUGCAUUUCUUACUGCUUUCUUUAGAAAUACCUUGUUUUUAAUUUAUAUGUAUUUUAAGUUUUAAAUUUGUUGCAUUUUGGCAACAAAAUUUACCUUUGCUUUGGGGGCUUCAUAAUCCUCAAACUGGCAUUGUAAUGAGGUUACUGUUGGUUCAGGUUUUUUUGGACUGUGGUCUAAAUUAGGAAAAUAUAUUUCCUAUACGUGUCUUUUUUUGUUUUUGUUGUUUUUGUUUUUAUAAAUGUGAACAGUGAAAGGCUGCUGUGACUGGGAAGAUGUGGAGUGUCCUCUUUUAGGUAGUUUUCUUCUUACAGUGCUUAAAAUGUCCAGGACACUUAGAGGAUAGAGGCCAUCUGCUCCUUCUGUGUCCAGCCCCCUCAAGUAAGUCCUCUGCAGGAGUAGAAUAUGAUGUGGUUAGGACCAUCCCCCAAAUGACAAGGUUACCGAGUUGGGAAUUUUGUGAGUCUCCUUAACCUUGCUCUUUGCGGCCGAGCUGCUGCCGUCGUUCUCAUCCCUAAUAGAACUGGCCAUCCUUCGUGUCGUGAAUAAGUUAGAGGUGGCAUUCUAGAGCGAACAUAUAAACGUUUGCCAUACAGCCUGAGGGAUGGGGAUUGGUUGAAUGUGAAUUCUGAGCUGGUGAGAUGGUGAGCUUCCUGCCAGAGAGGGAGUGGGUGGUUCUUAAUAAGCUCCAGUGAUUCCCCUCCCUUUUUUUUUUUUUUUUUUUUUUUUUUUUUUUUUUUUGAGAAUAAAAUAU